AUGUACUCACAUAAUGAAGCCGAAGGCACUUCGGUAACUAUCGCUCAUUGCAAGGCACAGAACCUGCCAGUUGUCGAUCGCAUUCUUGAGCCUCAAACCAUCGGACAUUUCCUUGGAUUUGCGUUCGGUAAGCCCUUGCCCAAUGGUAGUCAACCCAGCAUCGAGCGCCUGUCCGUGGAGGAAGCGUCAUUCCUCCAACAUGACCAAAACUUCCCCCCGGACUCAGAUGGCGAACCCAUCAUGACCAGUGUUAUGGCCCAUAUUGGCUCCGAGCGAGAUUCUAGCCGUCUCUGCCUGGUCGGAAAGAACAUCCAGUCCCUCAAGUCCCGUUUAUGGGAGGGCAUCAUCCCCCUGAGCGACCAGCUAUGGCAGGAAAAAGGCCUCGACCGGCCAGAACAUUUUGAUUUCGCUUGUCAGCAUCUAUCGGCCGUGGUUGCCGUGUUCGAGUAUUUGAAUGAACCAACCGUGCGAUUGUAUCUUCGCGACACGUUUAAUUACAUCUACGACCAUUGGACGGCGCUCGACACUGUCCUCAACAAGCGCAGAGCAGAGCAAGAUAAAAAUCCCAUUAGUGUCGCGGGUCUCUGGACAAGGUACAUGACAGCGCAUUUCGAGAUGAUGACCGAACGCGCCCAUAGAUGGGUUACCGUGCAUGCCAAUACACUGCGAGCUCCAUUGCUGCGAGCUCUUUUGGAGCAUCGGCCACUUGGGGAAGAUAGCGACCCGUUAGGCGAGCCUGAUGCUUUGCAGUGGAAAAUCAGUGAUUCGCUGCACAUGCUGACUGAAAUCAUCGCCAAAGCUGAUUUCACCAUCAUGAUCCCAAUGGACGGUUACAAGGGGUACUGGGCGGCUCCCCCGCGGGCCGGUCCGGCAGCACUUCAUGCAGCGAAUCUGCUGGCGAGAAGUAAAGCAUACCAUGAGCGCUUGAAGCUGCUUACUCGAGAAGCCAUCGACCGUAAUGGACCUGCGUGGAGAGGUUUAACUCCUUCGUCCGGAGAGAGGUAUCAUGUGACAUGCACCAGCCAGAUUCAAGGCCAGAAUAAAUUGAGGAAAGAGGUGCGUGGUGCACCUCUUGAACCUGUUCCGCGCGAGCCUUGGAUUGCUGCUUGCGCUUCACAGAUAGAAUCUGGAAAGAAGGAGGGAAAGGAGGAAAAGUACGGGCUGGCUGUGUAUCGGUUGACUUAUGGACAGACGGAGUCUGAAUGGACAGAAUUCGUUUGCAAAGUGGAAGCCCAUGUUUCGGAUUGGGGCAAAGGCCAAACAGGAAGCAGUUCUAUCAAGGAGGAUCUAAAGCUCCACUGGCUGGAUGGGAAGGAAUUGGGUAUUUCCGAGGGCGAUAUCGAUGCAACUAAGGAACACUUCAAAACAAUACAAAAUGGCAGCGACGACUGGUCAGAGCUAGAAGAUGGCGCUUUCCUCGUCGUUGACUCGGCGUCCUUUGCCUCCUACACCACCAAUUCCUACAGUCCCGCGACAACCCAGCUCAUAUCCGGCGACUUCACCGGCUUCCUUCUCGCCGUUGAUCCACACUUCGACCCAGAGGAGGGCAUCUCACGACCCGACGAGUCUCCAGGCUACAGCGGCCAGAUGCGAAUUCUCGGAAGCGUUGUGUGGAGUGAUCUCUAUUCCCUACUAGCAUCGCAGACAUCAGACCUCGAAGACUACUGGCCAUUAGCAAGCGAGCAUCCGAACAUGGUAUAUGUCGGCCCAACAAUCCCAUGGCAGCGAUACAUCUGGCAGAAACACAGUGAGAUGCGCUGGAAUCUCCUUCGAGCGGUGAUAGACCAUGUAAAGCUCAACCCGGGAAUCCCAGUAACGCAACCACCCCAAGCCGAGGCUACGUCUGCAACGACAUCUCCGACUGCAGCUGUAUCUACAGCCGCGCCGCUAACCCCUUCUGUACCCGCACCAACACCGCCCGCAGAACAGGAUCCCAUAAACGACGCCUCUGUACCCUCAUCGACACCCGCAGAAGAGGCUCCUGUCAAUGACCCCCUCCGUGCAUAUAUGCUCACCGAGUUUCAGCGCUACUUGCGCCAUCGGGGCCACCCACGGCGGGCAGCCAUGGUCGAUGAAUUGCUCCGUAUUCAGCCAGGCGAAGAGCCGGAUGCAGGGCGGCUGCGACAGUUGGUGAACGAUGAGAGUGAGCGGCAGGAGCAGCGGAGGCGAGAUGGUUUGGGUGAGGAUGAAGAGGCUUCCGAGGAGUAUCGGCCGGACUGCCCAUUGCAGUAA